UUUAGAGAUAGAACAGGUUCUGUCAAUCAAGUCCGCCUCAAACGUCUAACGACAAAGAUCGCUUUCCUAGUGACGAAUCAACAGCUUCAAUUGCAUUUCUUAUAUUUAGUCUAUGUCCUGACUAGAAAAAGGAAAACAGGACAAUGGCGUCGGACCAGUUGUUAGCAGGGUCUGAUGCAAUUCAUAUUGCCACAGUUCUUGAGGAUUGUGUGGACCAGCUUUCAGUUCUUGGUAAAAUUAUGCCAUCUUCUUAUGAUGGUAGACCAGAUGCUUAUAGUAUGGUGCACUCACAGAUGACAGAAUUAUUUGACAGUCAGCGCGACUUGGAGUCAAGAUAUCAGUCAAUACUUGCCAAGAAACUCGAUCUUAAACAUUCAACAAGAAAUGCUGAAAAAUUAACAGAAAUGGAGAAAGAGGUUUUGGAGACUGGUGGAGAUUUGAAGAAUAGUACACAUGUGUUUACUCGCAGUGUCCGACAAAAUCCCCUCACAGGAGAUAACACUGUUAAAAUACAGGAUGAUAGAUUGUUUGUGGAAGGUGUAAUGGCCGAGACUUUGUCAGAGCUUAUACAGAACUGUACAUUUCAAGUGCUAAGAGAGGCAGUAAACACACAGAAAGAGAGGAAGGCACAACUUCUAGAAACUAUCCUCAAGGAAGAGAAUGGUCGUAAGAGGGUAAAACUUCUACAAAAGCAGCUUGGAGAUAUUAAAAAGGAGAAAGAAAAAGAAAUACAGGAAAGAAAUGAAAUGAUCGCUCAUUUAAAGGAUCAACUUCAAGAAAUGAAGGCCAAAACAAACAUGGAAGGUAAAUACAUUAAGAAAUGUGCGGAAGUUGGUGUUGCACAGACACAGAAAAAGUGUUCAAUCUCCGAGAAGGAUAUGAAAGAUGAAAUAGAGAAAUUACGACAUGGUAUAGAUGAAGAGAUCAGAUGUAACGCAGAAAUUGAAUCAUUCUUGAGAACACAUCAAACAGAGUUAGAAAGAAAAGUAGAUUUCUGGAUGGAGAAAUAUGAGAAGGAUGUGGAAGCCAAGCAGCAUGAACUUGAUGUCUUGAAAGCUUCUAAGGCCAAAGAUCUAGAAAAACUUCAAGAAUUAACUAAACUGUACCGAGAAUAUGAACAAGUUGUUGUAGAGGACAGAAUAGAGAAAGAGAAGACAAGAAGGAAGCAAGAACAAGAGGCUAUAGAGCUGAAGGCUUCUAUCAAGGUCCAGUCAUGGUGGCGUGGUGUUAUGGUGCGGAAGGGUUAUGGCCCCUAUGCCAAAAAGAAGAAGGGGAAGAAAGGAAAGAAAGGCAAAAAGGGAAAGAAAAAGAAGUAGACUGUGAAAUAUUUACUGUGAUAUUUGUUGAUAUUUUUAUGGACCAAAAUUCAUGUGCAUUUCUGUAUUGUUUUAUAUGUAUUUUGUAUUUGUGUCUUUAUAUUUCUUUAUAAUAAUGUGAUAUAUAAAGAUUUUUAAAAAAAAUCAAAUGUUUCAAAAUGCUGAUGAAUUUGCUGCUGAUUUUAAAUAUGAUAGGGAAAGAAUAUAUAUUAACAUUUAAAUGUAUCCCAUUUUUUAUUUACAAAAAAAGAUAUUCAUUGUUAAAAAGGUUAUAUAGUAUUAGACUAUUGUGAUUAACAGAUAUAUUAGAUGUACAAAAUAAUUUGUGAUUAAAAAAUUUACUUUAUUGUAUUAAUUACUUUUUUUUCUUAAGUUUGUUUUGAAGCACUGGCUUCAACAUUAUGAACUCAAUAAUAAAUUUAUUUUAAACUUUUAA